UCGCGAAAGCCUUGCGUCGGCCUUCCUCGUGAAGUUCCUACCAGCUCUGACCUUCUUCACCCCGUGUCAGACUACCGCGAAACCGCCGCCAAAUUCCAGAAAGAGUGGCAUGUAAAGGAGCCGCACCAGGACUUUACCUUUGCACCUUACGUAAAGAGCCAUGCUCUCGUCUCCGUUAUCAACAGAGGUCUUCUCUACCACGCACUUGAGCGCCAGCGCGUUUCCGACCAGCAGCCAGCCAAGGUGGAAGAAGAUGGGGCUGCAGCCGCUGCGCAGCCGCGACUACUCCCGCCACCUCCACCAGCAACGCACACUUCCGGGCCGCCGGCACCCCCACCGCUGCCAUCGCUCGUGGCAUCGGGCGACGAAGGUGAAUUUCCGCGAAAGCGUUCGCAGAAGCAGCAGCCAAACGGAUCGCCGGGAAAGCGGCCACGACUCAGCAAUGGCUACGAGAACGGGACUUCGGAGACAGCCGCGGCCGCUGCUGGGGGCGCCACCACGCCCAUGGACCUCGACUCUCACGAUCACCAGCACCAGAACCAGGACAACAACCAUGCCUACCCUUCCCCGCUGGAGGGCGAAGAAGUCACGACACCAGCCGUGCACACCGAAGGCCCCGAACGGGGAACGCAGCUCGACAAGGUCGACGAGCUGACACCCGACACGACAUUUGUGCAGCUGGCCGACUAUGCGGCUGCGGCUGCGGCUGCACGCUCACCACGUCCCUCAUCCUCGUCGGCAGCCGAUGGCAGCAGCAGCAGCAGCACCACCACCAUCACCACCACCAAUGGCACGGAUGCGGCAAACGCCCCAACCCUGCUGCAUUGCCAGUGGAACCCCAAGGAGCCGUCGUCAUUGGCCGCCUCGGGCACCGGCGCGCUAGCCCGAGUCUGGACCGUCUCGCGUGUUCCCGCGUCCGAGACGGAACCAGCCCACGAUCACGUGGCCCCCAGCGCCUUUCCCCUGCUCGACCCCGCCACGCCCGUCAACACGGUUGUGUCGCAGCUGACCUGGGCGUCGGACGGGUCCAACAUAGCCCUCGUCGCCGAGCAGGAGGGCCAGUCGCUCAUCAGCAUCUACUCGGCCGACGGGGCCCUGGUGCAGGCCUUUGACGUGGCCCUCGAGCAGGUCAUCAAGCUGUGCUGGAACCCGGCCAACUCGGCCCUCCUGGCCAUCUCGCCCUCGUCCGACGACGCCGACCCGCCCGCCACGGUGCUCACCGUCUGCAACGCAUUUACUGGAGAGUCGCUGUCAUACACGCUUUCCGGGCACGACAUGAACACGGGUCCGCCGCUAGACGCUGCCUGGACGGGAGAUUCUGAGUUUGUCGUCGCUGGCGGUGACAUCCUCGUCAGCCUGUACUGCACGGAAUCCGGCAUCUUCCUGGGCAAGAGGUUCGAGACGAGACCCGACGACAGCAUUCGCAAUAUCCUGUUUGACCGGCGAUCCAAGCUGGCUGCCACGUCGAGCGACAAGGGAACGUUGGAUCUAUGGGACGAGAGCGGGCAGCGCCGAUCCAUCUCAGCCCACCAAGGCGCCAUCACGGCAAUGGAAUGGCAGCCCCUGCCCAACGAUGCCGAGGCAGACAACGAGGAACGCCUGAUCGCCACCGGAGGCGAAGACUGCGCCAUACUCAUCUGGAACGCCCGCAUGCCGGAGAGCAAGCCUCGGAGCUUCCUGACCAUGGACUCGCCCAUUGUCAACCUAGCCUUCACGCCCGACGGGGCAUUCAUCGCCGGGGCCACGGCCUCGCAGGUCCUCAUCUGGAAGGUUGGCAACCCCAUCGCCCCGCGGGCGGUGUGGAAGCGUACGGAGCACCCGGGGUGGUUGAGUCCCAAGGUAUCCUCGGGAGGUGGCGGUCAUGAGGAUACGUUGACUUCCGAAGAGGAGGGUUAUGCGGAGCAUUGUCUUGCCUGGGAUGCCUUGGGUCAGAGGUUGGCUUAUGGGUCAAAUAGCAGGCUUGCCGUCAUCAACUGGAGCAGAUGA